UGCCAGCUGUGAGGGGAGCACAGAGAGGGGUACUAAAGAGACAAAGAGAAAAGCUGCUUCACAUCUCAUCCUCUGCAACAGGUUGGAAACCUUAACGACUGCGUUUGGGAGAGGCUGUGCUGCUCUGUCUUCGUCUGUCACAAUCUCUGUCCGUGUCCUACAUCAUGUUUCACCAAGUCACCAUGCACUGUCUUGUGUCAAUCCUGACGUUAAUAUGGCCCCUAUGCAGUGCCCAAUCAGACUCUAGCAUCCCUGGCAUCCAGCUACGUCUAGCCGGGGAGAAGCGGAAACAUUAUGAGGGUCGUGUGGAGGUUUUCUACAAUGGAGAGUGGGGGACGGUGUGUGAUGAUGACUUCUCCAUCCAAGCUGCUCAAGUGGUGUGCAGAGAGCUUGGCUUUCUGGAUGCAGAGUCCUGGUCACCUUCAGCCAAGUAUGGAAGAGGAGAAGGCCGUAUUUGGCUCGACAACCUGCAUUGCACUGGUGGAGAGAAGAGCCUGGCUCAGUGUGAGUCCAAUGGCUUUGGAGUGACUGACUGCAAGCAUUCAGAGGAUGUCGGAGUGGUGUGCACCCAGAAGCGCAUUCCUGGCUUCAAGUUCAUCCGGAACCAGGCCAACAACGAUGAGGGUGUGACGGUGCAGGUAGAGGAUGUAAGGAUCAGGGCCACUUACUCCCACAGGAAAAGGAUUCCCAUCACUGACGGCUUCUUGGAGGUGAAAGAUGGAGGCAAGUGGAGACAGAUCUGUAACGAAGGCUGGACGGAGAUGAACACCAGGGUCAUCUGUGGCAUGCACGGCUUCCCUGCGGCGAAACGCCUGAAUACCCGACCCUACAAAUUGCUGGCCAAGCGUCGUAAGAAGAACUACUGGGGUUUCUCUGUGAACUGCACCGGCAACGAGGCUGACCUGUCCGAUUGUAAGCUGGGCGGAGAAUUGCAGCUGAAGGGAAACCUCACCUGUGAACGCGGCAUGCCUGUAGUGGUCAGCUGUGUGCCUGGACGUGCUUUUGCUCCUAGCGUCAGUGCUGGCUUUCGGAAGGCCUACAGGGUGGAGCAACCCUUGGUGCGUCUGAGAGGCGGAGCUAUGACCGGCGAGGGGAGAGUGGAGGUGUUAAAGAAUGGGGAGUGGGGGACCGUGUGUGACGACAACUGGAACAUUCGAUCUGCCACCGUGGUGUGUCGAGAGCUCGGGUUCGGUAGUGCCAAAGAGGCCUUGACUGGCGCCCGAAUGGGACAAGGUGUGGGGCCGGUCCACAUGAACGAGGUGCAGUGCUCUGGCUUUGAGAAGUCGCUGACAGAGUGCUACUUCAACCGUGAAGCUUUGGGCUGCAGCCAUGAGGAAGACGCAGCAGUCAGGUGUAAUGUUCCUGCCAUGGGCUUCAACAAUAGACUUCGGCUAAAUGGCGGCCGAAAUCCCUAUGAGGGCCGAGUGGAGGUUUUGGCGGAGAGGAACGGCUCUCUGGUGUGGGGGACAGUGUGCAGUGACAGCUGGGGGACCAUGGAGGCCAUGGUGGUGUGCAGACAGCUCGGCUUGGGAUUUGCUAGCCAAUCUUUCCAGGAAACCUGGUACUGGGCAGGGGAUGCUUCAGCUGAUGCCGUUGUGAUGAGUGGAGUAAGAUGUUCAGGGACGGAGCUGUCUCUGGAUCAGUGUCUACAUCAUGGGAAACACAUCGAAUGUCCCAAGGGAGGGGGACGCUUAGCUGCUGGGGUCUCCUGUACUUUGACUGCCCCAGACUUGGUCCUCAGUGCCCAGGUUGUGGAGCAGACCUCCUACCUCGAGGACAGACCCAUGUACGCGCUGCAGUGUGCCCAGGAGGAGCACUGUCUGUCCACCAGCGCUAACAACGCCGACUCCACGUCCUACCGCCGCCUCCUCCGCUUCUCCUCACAAAUCCACAACAACGGGCAGUCAGACUUCAGGCCACGAGCCGCACACCACUCCUGGAUUUGGCACGAGUGUCACAGACAUUACCACAGCAUGGAGGUUUUCACUCACUAUGACCUGAUGAGUCUGAACGGCACCAAAGUGGCAGAGGGACACAAAGCCAGCUUCUGUCUGGAGGACACACAUUGUGACGAAGGUAUCCAGAAAAGGUACGAAUGUGCAAACUUCGGGUCGCAGGGCAUCACAGUGGGCUGCUGGGAUACAUACAGGCACGACAUCGACUGUCAGUGGAUUGACAUCACUGAUUUGAAGCCUGGAGACUACAUCUUCCAGAUUGUGAUAAACCCUAAUUAUGAAGUCGCAGAAUCAGAUUACACCAACAACAUUAUGAAGUGCCGCACCCGGUACGACGGCCAUCGGAUAUGGACAUACAACUGUCAUAUAGGUGGCUCACUGGGUUCAGACACAGAGGACACAUUCCCUGGAUUGCUGACCAACCAGAUUUCACACAGGUAGACCAAAGAUGGACGACGCAGACAGAUGGAAAUUAGCAGAGUGAAUAUGAAUAUGAAUAUUUGACAACCACUAGAGGAGCAGUGCUGGAUCGUUAUUGGGCUUUGGGCUCAACAGGUACAAAAGAACAAUGACUCAAGGGGAGAAACAACUGCUUGCUUACUCAAUCUACUACCCACAUUCAGCUGUAAAAAAAAAAAAAAAGAAGUGUUCUUAUGUUUUAAUGCCUUACUGCCUCUGUUAUCAGUGAAAUGAAGGUUCUGAUCUGGUGCUAAUUAGGAGAGAUGACUCAGCAGGUAGCAGCAAUAUAACUUAUUAAAUAAAGAGUUCAGUGACAGCCUCAAACUGAAAACCAAAGAUGAGACCCACACACUGAUGGAUGUUUUCUUUGAAUGAAUGAAAGUAGUUUGCUGCUAAAUCUGGUGCUACAACUAAAUUUUGCACUUGGUGUGUUCCACAUGAUAGGAAACAGUGACAGUACAUUAUGAUUACUGUAAUGCAGCAAGAGUAAAAAUAUCUUGUUUUUUUAUAAAUAAUGUAUUGAACUUACAACAAAUGAUGAGAGCUGUAAGCAGAACUGUAAUGCAGAGUAACAAAAGUUGGGAUUGCUCAACAUUGUUAGCCAGGUUGCCUCCAGUGGUGAUUGCUUUACAUUUCAUUGAUCUGUGACAAGAGUCGUAGGAUUUGUUCCAUAUUUGAAAUUUUAAAACAAAUAUUGUCAACAUUAAGCUGUGGAGGAAAAGUGCUUCGUUUAAAGGAUUUUUGCGUUUUACAUACUUGAGCUUCACCUUUUCAAAAUCUUUUAUUUAUUACAUUUUUUUCUUAUUGGUUUCCUCAUAAAGCCAUGUGUUUCUACUAUGUACAUCCCCUCAGCUUGCUUCUCAUUGUUCAAAUUGUCUUACAUCACCACCAUCAGGGACUAUGAUUACAUUGUGGAUGUUUUUCUUAAAAGCCACAGAUGUGUGUGAAAAUGCCUCCUUACUGUUUUGUAAAUUAGUUUUUUUUAAUGUAGCAAAAUCAAGAAUCCUUCAUUUUAAAAGGGUACUUGCUGCUUGCUGCCUGACUGUUAUUUUGUAUGCAUGGGUGAAUGUGGACAAAUAUUACAUUUUUUUAAAUAAAAAAUGGUUUAAGCAGAUUA